UAUAUUUUUUCUGUGUCAUGAUCUGUGAUCCUCUGCAGAUUACUUAGCUAAACAAACAUCCAAUGUUGAUGAAUGCUAGCAAAGCAAGUGAAGGGAAAAGACAGUCUGCCCGUCUUCCUAGGAAACGCUUCUACAGGGCACGAGCUCAUAGCAAUCCUCUAAGUGAUUCUCACUUCCCCAUUCCCAUUAGCCCUGCCGACGUAGAUUACCUCUCGCAUUACCCUCAUUUUUCGCAUUCCAGUAAGGCUGAUACCGAGAAAGAUGUGGUUUUUCCAAAAAUUCGUUUUGCGGACAUUGGAUGUGGAUUUGGUGGAUUGCUUGUUAAACUUUCACCUCUAUUCCCAGACACUUUGAUGAUUGGAAUGGAGCUCAGGGAUAAGGUGUCUGAAUAUGUGAAAGAGAGAAUCUUAGCUCUCAGAGCAGCAAAUCCUGGCCAAUAUGAGAACAUCUCCGUCGUUCGAACAAACUCCAUGAAAUACCUUCCUAAUUACUUCUGCAAGGCCCAGUUAUCGAAGAUGUUCUUUCUGUUUCCUGAUCCUCAUUUCAAGGAGAAGAAUCACAGGCGUAGGGUUAUCAGCCUUCAGCUACUUGAUGAAUACGCCUUUGUGCUGGAACUAGGAGGCAUCAUUUAUACAAUAACUGAUGUGGAAGAGCUCGGAGAUUGGAUGAAGUUCUGCUUGGAUAGCCAUCCUCUUUUCUCUGCAGUUCCUGAAGAAGAAUUGGAGUCUGAUCCAGUGGUGAAGUUGUUGGUUUGCGCUACAGAGGAAGGUCAGAAGGUUGCUAGGAAUGGAGGUCAGACUUUUUGUGCUGUUUUUAGACGUGUAGCAGCGGAUGAGGCUUCUGAUUCUAUAAAAGGUUUAUGCAAAGGAAACUGUAUUUAACUCUUAGAAAGUUAAUGAUGGCGAUGUUCUUGUAUUGAUUUUAA